GAUGACAUAAACGAUGUCGUUGAGAAGGAACUAAAGGAACUUUUAGGACAUAUUACGAAUAAAGAGAAAUGGGAAGAGGUUGCCCAACACUGCAAUGACAACAUUGGUUCGUCGUCGGACGCCACACCAGGAGAAAUAACUGCAAAGCAAAAAGCUUGUAAGCUUUUUGCUUUAGGUUUAAAACACAUUUCUGAUAUUAAAAACGACAAGGGCCAAGACCAUGAUGUACCGCUUAGAAAAACUAUGAUGUGCGCAGCACUGAAUCUUUAUGCUGAUCAAUUAAUAAAAAAAUCAACAGAUCAAUGUCCCUUAGAUAAUGAAAAAAUGACGGAGGCAAUAGAACAUGUCUUUGGUAAAAGUGGUGUCAUUAUGAAGAAUGGAGGAACUUCAUGCAAUACUCAGGGCAAUAAUUCUUGUUUCGUUUGUAACAGAGAAAAAAAUUUUGCCGAUUGCCAAAUUGGCACUGGCAUUGCCGGUGCCAAGGUAAAAGAAAAAAUGGAAGUUCUCCUCAAACAGAACAACGGUGAAACCAAAGUGCAACAAACACUAGACAAAAUAAAUGAAAUAAAAUCUUUCUGUACUCAAGUCCAAUGUGCAAUCAAACAAUACGGAAAAAAUAAUAAAAAAGACUCAAAUGGAACAGUGACUUGGGGCGACAUCGAAGGUGACGCCAAAAGCGUAUUAGCGAAACUUCUAAAACAUAUUACGGAACCUUCGGAGGAGAAGGACGUUGCCGACUUCUGCAAAGGCAACCCCGCAUGGAAUAAGGGCCAUAAAGAAAAACGAACAAAUAAAGCAGCUUGUUUACUUUUUGCUGCAGGAUUAAAACACAUUUAUGGCCGCGGUCGCGGCCACACGAUGGGCCAGUUUAAGGGCCCAUCGUUUGAACAAACGAUGGGUUGUUUAUUUCUUAAGGAAUAUUCAAAACAAUUGCAAACAAUGGCAAAUAAGAAGAAAAAAGGACAGAGUUGGGUACAUCCUCUUUGUGACAUAGAUGAGGGCAUAAAUCACGCUUUUGAACAAAGUAAAGGCAUUAUGAAGAGUGUACUACCUGAAUGUAAACAGGGUCCUAAUGGUAUUUCUUGUUUUGAAUGCAAACUGAACGAAGAUUAUAAGGAUUGCUCCAUUGGCUCCGACAAAGUAGAGAAAAAAGUUGAACCACUACUGCAGAAGGAACAAAACCAAAUGCAAGAAACAUUAGAGAAUACAGUCUGUCCCAUCCUUCUUACGGAUCUCCUUACCCCUUUUCUUCCUUUGGCUCCUGUCUCUAUUGGCCUUUCUGCUAUGGCUUAUUACCUUUGGAAGUAUUUUGGUCCUCUUGGUAAAGGAGGACCACGUUUCAGAAGAUCUCCUGCUGAAAUUCCUGGUUCAUCGGUACAGGAACAAGUCCUCGAUCAUGUGCAACAAGAUAGUUCACAUGAAUAUCGAUUGGUGAAGGAACGAAAACCUCGUUCUACUCCAACAAGAACAAAACGUUCUGGUCGCGUGAAUCGUCGCACGAUUAUUGAAAUUCAUUUUGAAGUGUUGGAUGAAUGUCAAAAAGGGGACAAACAAUUGAACCAGAAGGAUUUUCUGGAACUUUUGGUUCAAGAGUUCAUGGGAUCGGAAUUUAUGGAAGAAGAAGAACAGGUUCCUAAGGAAGAAGUUCUUAUGGAAGGGGUUCCUUUGGAACGAGUUCCUAUGGAAAGUGUUCCAAUGGAACGUGUUCCAAAUUUAGGUUCCGGGUUUAUGGUUUAG